CUCAGUUUUGGAUAAGAGAAAGAGAGAGAGAGAGAGAGAGUAGCCAUGGAGGUGGGGAUGGCUGUGCGCGCUCUAGUUCGCAUCCCUCUCUCGGCGAGACUCCAGGAAGAUGCCUUCUUGCGGGGAUCUCCACUCCCAACUCGCUCCAGGAGCAGCAGCAGCAGUAGCUCAAGGAAUGGUGGUGAGAAGCCAGGCAGGGCACUGGUAGUAGAAGCCAAGGGAAAGAAGGGCAUGAUGGGUCGCCAGUUCCAGCGCCCUCCUCCCCCUCCUCUCCCUAAGAUCGAGGAUGACGGCAAUCCCAAGUUCGUCAUCUUUAUCCGCAGCUCCAACGUGUAUCUUUGGUACCCACUAACUCUGGUAACUGGUGGUACAACGGCAAAAAUCAUGGUUGCUGCUAAAGAUAAUUUUCUUGGCAAGUAUCUUUAUAAAGACACCAUUGCCAGAAAUCUUGCAGCUGUUAUUUACAAAGAUGAGAAGGAUAUACAGAAGACAGCAUUUAAGCAAUUUCGUGUGUUGCGGACAGCUCCUUCAUUUAGAUAUGGAUAUAAGCUUGUGGUAAAUGGCAACGUGAGAGCUGCACUUUCUACAUCUGAUGUUAUUGAACUACCUCCACAAGAGGAGCUUAAAACUGUCAUUGAUAAAGUGAAGGACUUCUUUGGUGAAGCGACAAGUGGUGCAAAAGAAUCAUUUGGGAAACUUACUUCCUUGUCGGCGGUGUCUAGCAGUGAACCAGAGUCUGAAUCGCAGGUCGAGAGCUAGAGCUAGAAGCAAAGCCUCAUCAACCAUGGAUUUGAUCAGAGGGCCUGAAAUGAUAAUAUCAUUAGUAAUGUUAAGCCCUGCAAACCUGUCCAUAUGAAUGAUCAAUCCAACAAUGUAAGCUUGUUGUAAUCCGUUUCUUCUUGCUCAUAUAUGUAAUUUUUGAAUAUUACUUUUCCUAUUUCAUUUUGCCCGAGUAAUUUCUGA